GGCAGUGAUGCUUCUCCUGAUCAGAGCAGCUGCUCUGUAGAGCUGGAUGGAGAGUGAACUCAGUCACACAGCUUUAGCUUUAGAAUCUCAGACAGCUUUAAGGUGUUCAGCACUUUUAACACCUCCUGGACAUCUGAAAGGCCUGGCCGAGUAAGGAGGAUGAAGAGAGACGUAGUGAAGCUGAAGAGGAGGAGCAGAGAGAUCCUGCUGAGUGUUCUGGGAGUAGUGAUAGUGAUCUACUGCGCUGUCCACCUGGUCUUCUUCAUCGCCAAACCUUCUCAGGAUCUGAAGCCCUCACGGGUUCGACGGGAAGUGGAGAAUGAGACUGAAUGCGUCUCUCCGCAGAGCUCAGAGUUUCCCCAGGGCUUCUUCACACUACAGGAGAGGAGGGACGGGGGCAUUAUCAUAUACUUUAUCAUCGUUUUUUAUAUGUUUCUGGCAGUCUCUAUCGUUUGUGAUGAUUAUUUCUUGCCUUCUCUGGAGGUCAUCAGUGACCGUCUCGGGCUCUCUCAGGACGUUGCCGGGGCAACCUUCAUGGCGGCCGGAAGUUCGGCCCCUGAGCUGGUCACUGCUUUUCUAGGUGUGUUUGUGACGAAGGGAGAUAUCGGUGUGAGUACGAUCGUGGGCUCGGCCGUGUACAACCUGCUGGGCAUCUGCGCUGCCUGCGGAAUAUUAACCUCAGUGGUGAGUCGUCUGACCUGUUGGCCGUUGUUCAGGGACUGCAUGGCGUAUGCAAUUAGUGUAGCUGCUGUAAUCGCCAUCAUCUCCGAUAAUCAGGUGUACUGGUAUGAUGCGGCGUGUCUGCUGCUGGUGUACGGCGUGUACAUCGUGGUGCUGUGUUUUGACCUGCGGAUCAGUGAGUACAUGAUGCGGCGCUUCAGUCCGUGCUGUGUCUGUUUGAGUAAGAGUGUGGAUGAGCGCCCUGAACAGCAGCCCCUGAUUGGGUGGAAUAAUGACACCAGUCUGAGGGUCCCAAGCCGCUCUCGGACUGACAGCGGGAUUUUCCAGGAUGAUUCGGGAUAUUCGCACCUGUCCCUCAGCCUGCACGGCCUCAACGAAAUCCCAGAAGAGCGGAAGAGUGUAUUCAGUAUGCCGGAGAAUGACCUGAAGCGGAUCCUGUGGGUUCUGUCUCUGCCUGUGAUCGUGCUGCUAUAUCUGACCAUUCCGGACUGCAGGAGGCGCUACUGGAGGAAAUGCUACAUGCUAACCUUCUUCAUGUCGGCAGUGUGGAUAUCCGCCUUCACGUACAUUCUCGUCUGGAUGGUCACUGUAAUCGGAGGGACGCUGAACAUUCCCGACACUGUGAUGGGUCUCACUCUGCUGGCGGCUGGAACCAGCAUCCCUGACACCGUGGCCAGCGUGAUGGUGGCACGAGAGGGUAAAGGAGACAUGGCCAUGUCCAACAUCGUGGGCUCCAACGUGUUCGACAUGCUGUGUCUGGGUCUGCCCUGGUUCAUCAAGACGGCCUUCGUGGACACCACGGCGCCGGUGCUGGUGAACAGCACAGGCAUGGUCUUCAUCACCUCCACCCUGCUGCUCUCCAUCGUCUUCCUCUUCCUGGCCGUCCACAUCAACGGCUGGAAGCUGGACUGGAAGCUGGGUGUCGUGUGUCUGCUGUGCUACGUCCUUUUCGCUACGUUAUCCAUCCUCUACGAGAUGGGAAUCAUCGGGAAUAACCCGAUACGGGCCUGCGGGGACUAACUGAGCCCAGAUCUGUGCACCUGAAGAUGACAGUUCCACCAAAAAUCUAAUUCAUAUGGUGUUUCACGCUUUACCUCAAGUGUAGUCGAUCAGCCAAGUUUUGGCGCUGGAGCUACGAGGCUAACGUAGCUUACAGGUGAUUGGAGUGUAUUAGCAGAGCCAGGUGGAUCGAUAAGCAUCAAUACUACCAAUUCUGAUGUUUCCUUUAUCAGAAUCAAUCCUCACCUAGGAAUACUCACAGCAACAGACUCAGUAAUGUCUUCCAGGUUGGUCAGACAGUAGAGGGCGCUCCUGAGCGAGUCCAAAAUGAACAGGUUAAUAUGGAGAUUUUUGUCAAACAUCAUAGUUUGUAAAGGUUUAAUCAUUUUUGAACAGAAAAAUGUACUUGAUUACUCAACAUGAAAAAGCAUGAAAUAUUUUAACACUGCUGUUAUAUUUCUGAACAUUUUAAAACUCCUGUUAAAUAACUUUCUAAGUGUCUAAUGUACCUUAAUGAUAUUGGUGAACAUGAACGCCAAUGAACUGAUCAGCUCACCAACAAAUCAGCACACAGCAGAAGUAAUGCAAACUAAUCAGCACUCAGUAGGAAUAAUGUUAACCAAUCAGUACUCAGGAACAGUAAUGCUAACCAAUCAGCAAUCAGUAGCAGGAAUGCUAACCAAUCAGCACUCAGUAGCAGUAAUGCUAACCAGUCAGUGCUCAGUAGCAGUAAUAUUAGCAUCCUACCUCAUAAAACCAGUUCAGUGUUGAUAUUGGUUUAAUGUUGAUAUUUCUAUUUAUAUACACACUGAAAGAAGAUUCUAUU